AAAAAAGAGAAAAAGAUGUGUGGAACAGAUGGUUGCCUUGUCAAGUGUUCUUCAGUCUCUUGUGCAACUCCAGAAAAUGAUACGAAGGACACUUCUACCACUAUUAAUCUAGAUCAUGGUGAUCCAACAAUGUAUGAGUCAUAUUGGAGAAAAAUGGGGAACAAGUGUGACAUAACAUUCAAUGGUGAUGAUUCGUUGAGUUAUUUUUCUAGUGGUAAGAGCUUGUGUUGGUUCUUGGAGUCAAAACUAGAGGAACAAAUUAAGAGGCUGCACAAUGUAGUUGAAAAUGCAAUUGUGGAUGAUUAUUAUAUUGUUGUUGGCACUGGAUCAAGCCAGCUUAUGCAGGCUGCACUUUAUGCUCUUUCUCCUACUGAUCAACUUGAGCCUAUCAGUGUAGUUUCAGCUACACCUUUUUAUUCGGCAUAUCCAGAAGUGACUGAUUUUGUGAGGUCAGGACUACACAAAUGGGCAGGAGAUGCAAGAACUUAUGAGAAAAAUGGAGUAUAUAUUGAGUUCAUUACAUCUCCAAAUAAUCCUGAUGGGGUUAUUAGAGAGCCUGUAGUUAAUGGAGAUCAAGGAAAAUUAAUCUAUGAUUUAGCUUAUUAUUGGCCACAGUACACUGCUAUUACCUCACCUGCCAACCAUAAUGUUAUGCUCUUCACUAUUUCCAAAUGCACUGGCCAUGCUGGUUCCAGAAUUGGUUGGGCACUUGUUAAGGACAAAGAGGUGGCAAGAAAGAUGACAAAGUUCAUGGAGAUUAGUACAAUUGGUGUAUCAAAAGAAGCUCAACUUAGAGCUGCUAAGAUUCUUGAAGUGAUCUCUGAAAGAUGUUUGGAUCCCAAUAUGAAAAAUUUCUUUGAAUAUAGUCAGUCUCUUAUGACUGACAGGUGGCAGAGGCUAAGACAAGUUGUUAUGGCUAAUGGCCUUUUUGCCCUCCAGAAAUACCCUCUUCAAUAUUGCCUCUUCACAAAAGACUUUUGUGAAUCACACCCUGCAUUUGCAUGGCUAAUUUGCAAAGGAGGUGAAGAGGAGGAUUGUGAAAAGCUUCUUAAAGAACACAAGAUUCAUACAAGGAGUGGAAGAAGAUUUGGAAGUGAUUCAAGAAGUGUUAGGAUAAGUAUGUUGAGUAGAGAUGAAGACUUCAACAUUUUUCUACAAAGGCUUAUGGCUAUUCAAGGACCUACAAAUGGAAAUUAA